UCGAAAGGGAUAACCACUCAUAGUUUGAUCGGGCAUCAGCAUGAAGGUUUUCGCAGUCUUGGUUCUGGCCUUCGCCACCGCCUCCGCUGGGCUCCUGCCCCAGUCCGGCAUCCAGCAUCCCCGUGACAGGACCUCCGUGCCGUCCAUCGAGGGUCGCAUCACCAACGGCAAGGAUGCAGUGGCCGAGCAGUUCCCCUACCAGGUGGGACUCAGCUUCUCCAGCUCCAAGGGCAGCUGGUGGUGCGGUGGCUCCAUCAUUGCCAGCAACUGGAUUGUGACUGCUGCUCACUGCACCGACGGUGGCUCGUCCGUAACCGCUUACUUCGGAGCGACCGUCCGCACCAGCCCCAAGUUCACCCACACCAUCUCCAGCUCGGAUUGGAUCCAGCACGAGAGCUACUUGGCGUUGACCGUGCGCAACGACAUCUCCGUGAUCAAGACCCCCACCCUUGCCAUGUCGUCCGCCGUCAACAAGAUCGACCUGCCCGCCAUCGCCAGCAGCUACUCCACCUACGCCGGAAAGACCGCCGUCGCCUCCGGAUGGGGCCUGACCUCCGAUUCGGCCUCCGCCGUUGCCUCGAAGCUGCAGUUCGUCGAUCUCACGGUCAUUGACAACUCGGUGUGCAAGAAGACCUUCGGCAGCCUGAUUGUGACCAACAACGUCCUCUGCGUGGCCACCCCCAACAGCUCCUCCACCUGCCAGGGUGACUCCGGCGGCCCCUUGGCUCUGGACGGCAUCCUCAUCGGCAUCACCUCCUUCGGAUCCGCCGACGGCUGCGAGAUUGGAGCCCCUGCCGCCUUCACCCGUGUGACCAGCUACCUUACCUGGAUCAAGUCCAACACCGGUGUCUAAGCUUUGGGGAAAAUACAAAAAUUGCAAGCUGUGAGAAAUAUACCAACAGAUUGCUAAGAAA